AUUGGGGAUGAGAGGAAGAAAGCCUCCUGGCCACCCUGCUGCAGACCUGGAGAAGCUUUUUGUGCCCCUGGCCCCAAUCACUCAGAGAACCAAGAGGCACAGAGCCCGAUGACCCAGCGAGAGGGCCCAACAUUUCCCAAGAUAGCCUCUUCCUGUAGGAACUCUGCCCAGGGCAUGUGGACUCCAGAAGGGAGCACUCCCAUGCAGGAACCCAACUCUCUGUGUCCAGCCCUUCCAGACCAUGUGGGGGACUCUCCUAUAGAGGAUCCUGAGUGUCCACUUUCCCCCAACCCAGUGGAGGGACCAGAAGGCUUCCUAGAGCUUCCAGCCAAGUGCUCAACUGAAGUAGGCAGCCAGCAGUGGGCACUUAGCCCUGGUGGGCCUGCUUCCCUGAGUGUAGACAGGAGCACUUCUGAGCACAUUGUGUCUGUCCUACAGGCCUCGAGCCAGGGAGUCACGGGGCUGACCAAGGGGGGUGAUGUAGGGACACCAGAGGACUGGGGUCGCCCAAGUCCAUCCCCCAAAAACAACAGCACCAAGGGACUAAGAAGUCCAGAGAAGAGGUUCAGAGCCAGACUGGCCUUAGCACAUAAGACUUUCUCACAUUUUUUUGAGUCAAAAGUCUUAGAAAAAGAGGAGACAGAGGCAAGUUCAUCAGGCCAGAAGGAGAAGACCAAAGCACGCUCCAGCUCCUGGAGGACUUUUUUGAGAAGCAGAGAUUCAAAAUGCCCUCGAAGACCCACACUGGGGGAUCCGAGCCCACGACCCCAAACCCUGACUCCCCCCAAUGCUGUCCGAGAGCAGGCUCACAGUCCUGGGAACCUCGUGUUCGGAGCUCACUGGGCACCCCCACAGUCCCACACACAAAUGCCAGAUAUUGCCAUGGCCCCCGUAGAUCACCGGAGAAAAAGUGAACCCACCAUCAAAUGCACAAGCUCGCCGGAAGGCAGUUGCCCAUCCACAGAUCUCCCGGACAGAGCCUGGCCGCUGCUGCCCCACAGCCCACAGGCAGUGGCCAGCCUGACUCAACCCUCCAGCUCAGCCUGCUGCUUAACAUAUGCCAGCCACACAGUGCCCUGCAAGCCCCUGAGCCCCAAACCGUGCAGCCCCAGACCCAAAACUCAACAGCUGGACCUUCACUGCCCUGGCCGAGGCAGCGCCGUCUCCGUGGCUUCCCUAGGGAACUACAGCAACAUAGAUGGUGGCCCAGAGGCUGCCCCUGAGAGAUGCAGGAGACCCAAGGCCCGAACAAGUCUCCUGCUUUCUCUGCAGACACUAGCUGGCCAGAAGGAAGAAGGCAGGAGAAAAUUCCCGCACCGUCUGAGCACAGCCCCUUCACUCGGCCACCUGCCUGUGACCCAGAACCAUAUAUCAUGGGAAGAACAAGCAGCAAGCUCCUGCAGUCAGAAAGCUUUUCACACUGAGCUGGCUCAGAGGACAGGCUCCACCACUGAUUUCCUGACACAGAUGCUGACAUCUUGCUCUGUAGAGGAUGUCUGUGGAGAGGCUCCUUCCCACCCUAGGCACAUGCUUCUACAGUCACAACUCAGUCUAGAUGACAUGUGGCUGGAGAAGACACAGAGGAGGUUGGAGAAGCAGGCCCAGGUUGAAAGGCUGUCGCGCAGAAGGAUCGCACAUAACACUGGCAUCAAAUGUUGGAGGAAGAGGAUUAUUACCUCUCCAGAAUCUCUACCACUUCCAAAAAGCAGCCGUUCAUUUUCUCAGAGUGCCCCAACAGGACUGAACCACAUGGGCUGGACAGGGCACACACGAGUCAUUGCUCCUCCUUGCCAGCUGGUGUCUCUCCUUUCAGCCAUCCCUGAUGGAGCUCUAGACAAGGUCAUCUGUGCUGAUGAUGUUGGGAGUGAGGAGGACCUGUACGAGGAUGUGCACAGCUCCAGCCACCACUACAGUCAUCCUGGAGGAGGCGGCGAGCAGCUGGCCAUCAAUGAGCUCAUCAGCGAUGGCAGUGUGGUCUGUGCUGAAGCACUUUGGGACCAUGUCACCAUGGACGACCAGGAACUGGGCUUCAAAGCUGGGGAUGUCAUUGAAGUAAUGGAUGCGACCAACAGAGAAUGGUGGUGGGGUCGCGUGGCCGAUGGCGAGGGAUGGUUUCCAGCCAGCUUUGUGCGGCUGCGGGUGAACCAGGAGGAGCCCGGGGACGAGGAGACGCCGCGGCCCGGGGAGCGCGAGGCGCAGGGUGGCGGGUUCGAGUCCCAGAGCAGCAGCAAGGACCAGAUGCGCACCAACGUCAUCAACGAGAUCCUCAGCACGGAGCGCGACUACAUCAAGCACCUGCGCGACAUCUGCGAGGGCUACCUCCGCCAGUGCCGCCGGCGCGCUGACAUGUUCAGCGAAGAGCAGCUGCGCAUCAUCUUCGGCAACAUCGAGGACAUCUAUAGCUGCCAGCGCGCUUUCGUGACCGCCCUGGAGCGAAGGAUCAACCGCGAGCGCCCCCAUCUCAGCGAACUGGGGGCCUGCUUCUUGGAGCACCAAGCAGAUUUCCAGAUCUACUCCGAGUAUUGCAACAAUCACCCCAAUGCCUGCGUGGAGCUCUCGCGCCUCACCAAGCUCAGCAAGUAUGUGUACUUCUUUGAGGCCUGCCGACUGCUACAGAAAAUGAUCGACAUCUCCUUGGAUGGCUUCCUGUUGACUCCAGUGCAGAAGAUCUGCAAAUACCCACUGCAGCUGGCUGAACUGCUCAAGUACACACCUCCCCAGCACAGGGACUUUAAGGAUGUGGAAGCUGCUUUACAUGCUAUGAAGAAUGUGGCCCGGCUUAUCAACGAACGGAAGCGGAGACUCGAAAACAUUGACAAAAUUGCUCAGUGGCAAAGCUCUAUAGAGGAUUGGGAGGGGGAAGACCUCCUAGUCCGGAGCUCGGAACUCAUCUACUCGGGGGAGCUGACGCGAGUGACACAGCCGCAAGCCAAGAGCCAGCAGAGAAUGUUUUUCCUCUUUGAUCACCAGCUCAUCUACUGUAAGAAGGACCUUCUCCGCCGGGACAUGCUGUACUAUAAGGGCCGAGUGGACAUGGACAGCCUGGAGGUGGUGGAUCUGGAGGAUGGGAAGGACAGAGACCUGCAUGUGAGUGUCAAGAAUGCCUUCCGGUUGCACUGCCAGCCCACGGGCGAGAGUCACCUGCUGUGUGCCAGGAAGCCUGAGCAGAAGCAGCGCUGGCUCAAGGCCUUGGCCAGGGAACGGGAGCAGGUGCGGCUGGAUCAGGAGACAGGCUUCUCCAUCACAGAGCUACAGAAAAAACAGGCUAUGUUGAAUGCCAGCAAACAAGUCACUGGGAAGCCCAAAGCCCUCAGCCGGCCCUACCACCUGACACGCCAGAGGCACCCAGUGUUACCCACCAGCCUGCCCCAGCAGCAGGUGGCAGUGUUGGCAGAGCCCAAGCGGAAACCAUCCACCUUCUGGCACAGCAUCAGCAGACUGGCACCUUUCCGCAAGUAAGCCCGAAUCACGGCUGGCAGUGCCACCUAGAGAACCUGCCCCAGCUUCUCCUUCAAGCCCUGCCCCGUGCCUAGCCCUCCGUUAGACAAGUGAGGAGUGUGACGGGCAGGUUCAGUGCCAUUCCAUGCCAGUUCUCUGCUUCCACUCUUGGACUCCCUACCCGAUGCGCUGUCAACACCACCUGAAGAGGAAGCCCUGGGAACAGGAAUCUCAUUCCAGAACUUCACGUGAGAAUUCUGAAACCCUCUUCUCUGGACUUCUAGUCAUCCACCCUGCUUUCUAUGGAGAGUCUGCCUUCAGCUGACUGCAGAGCCGGGCUGUGAGCUCCUUGAUGGAACUCAGUCCCACUGGCAGUGCCAGACAGCAGACAUCCCUGGAGUGCGACAGAAUCCUGCACACCCAGAGCAUCCCCAGCCCAGUUAACACUUCUGCCUGCUAAACACCUUCUCUUGUGUUUCUAGUAGGACGAAAGCAGAAUUGUAGUUGGCUACGCAUUUCUAUCAGGGUUUGUGACAUGUCCAUUUGCAGGUGUAAGUGACUUCAGAACCUGGUUUGGAGUUUGCCUUUUUUUAGGGGAUUUGUUUAUCCAACGUUGGAGAAAAAGAAUUGUUAGUGACAGAUUGCCUUACCUGAAGUGAGCAAGAGAAGCCAUAAGGACUGAAUUCUGUGGUCCAGCACCCAGGGCUGACCCCUCCAUGCAGAGGCCAUAGGGCAGCACGGAGGGAAGGCACAUUCUGCUGGGCAGAGCCAGGACUCCUGGCUUGCAGGUGUUAAGCUGAGCCACCCCUAUGGCCCAUAGGAAUUCAGCAGCAUGUACAGUCACGGUUGCACUAAACCUUCUCCAAGCCAGAAACCACAUUUAAUUUCAUAAAGAAACAUGAAAAAGUUA